CCCGCCCGCCCCGCGCCCUCCCUGGGCGGGUGAGCGCGCGCGGCCGCGGUGCGCUGUGGGAUAGUGGCGGUAUAAAGUCUACGCUCGGCGCGGCCGGGGCUGAGGGGGCCGGCGCGAGCAGGGCAUGAAGAUGGCGGACGCCAAGCAGAAGCGGAACGAGCAGCUGAAGCGCUGGAUCGGCUCCGAGACCGACCUGGAGCCGCCCGUGGUCAAGCGCAAGAAGACCAAGGUGAAGUUCGACGACGGCGCCGUCUUCUUGGCCGCCUGUUCCAGCGGAGACACCGAGGAGGUGCUGCGACUGCUGGAGCGGGGCGCCGACAUCAACUACGCCAAUGUGGACGGGCUCACCGCUCUCCACCAGGCUUGUAUAGAUGAUAACGUAGAUAUGGUGAAAUUUCUGGUGGAAAAUGGAGCAAAUAUUAAUCAACCAGAUAAUGAAGGCUGGAUACCUCUACAUGCAGCUGCUUCCUGUGGAUAUCUUGAUAUAGCAGAGUAUUUAAUUAGUCAAGGAGCACAUGUAGGAGCUGUAAAUAGUGAAGGAGACACUCCAUUAGAUAUUGCUGAAGAAGAGGCAAUGGAAGAGCUGCUUCAGAAUGAAGUAAAUAGACAAGGGGUUGAUAUAGAAUCGGCUCGAAAAGAAGAAGAACGAAUAAUGCUAAGAGACGCAAGACAGUGGCUCAACAGUGGCCAUAUAAAUGAUGUCAGGCAUGCAAAAUCUGGUGGUACAGCACUUCAUGUAGCUGCUGCUAAGGGCUACACAGAAGUCUUAAAGCUUUUAAUACAGGCUCACUACGAUGUAAAUAUUAAAGAUUAUGAUGGCUGGACACCACUUCAUGCUGCUGCUCACUGGGGUAAAGAAGAAGCAUGUCGCAUUUUAGUGGAAAACCUAUGUGAUAUGGAGGCUGUCAACAAAGUGGGUCAGACAGCAUUUGAUGUGGCAGAUGAAGAUAUUCUAGGAUAUUUAGAAGAGUUACAAAAGAAGCAGAAUCUGCUUCAUAGUGAAAAACGUGAAAAGAAGUCUCCCCUAAUUGAAUCCACAGCCAACAUGGAUAAUAAUCAGACACAGAAAACAUUUAAAAAUAAGGAGACACUGAUUAUGGAGCAAGAAAAGAAUGCAUCUAGCAUAGAGUCUCUGGAGCAAGAGAAAGCAGACGAAGAAGAAGAAGGAAAAAAGGAUGAGUCCAGUUGUUCUAGUGAGGAGGAAGAGGAUGAUGACUCAGAAUCUGAAGCAGAGACAGAUAAGACCAAAACCUUGGCAGCUAAUAAUGCAAAUACCACAAGUACACAAUCAACAUCAGUAGCUGUGAUGGCGCCUUCAGUAGCUGGUGGCCAAGGGGCACCUACAUCACCUGUUAAGAAGUUUCCAACAUCUACAACCAAGGUUUCUCCCAAAGAUGAAGAGAGGAAAGAUGAAUCUCCUGCUUCAUGGAGGUUGGGUCUUAGAAAAACUGGUAGUUAUGGUGCACUUGCAGAGAUUACUGCUUCUAAAGAAGCUCAGAAAGAAAAAGACUCUGCAGGUGUUAUGCGUUCUGCAUCAAGUCCUAGACUUUCCUCUUCACUGGACAACAAAGAAAAGGAGAAAGAUGGAAAAGGAACUCGACUUGCAUAUGUUGCACCUACAAUACCAAGACGGCUGGCCAGUACCUCUGACAUUGAUGAAAAAGAAAACAGGGAUUCAUCUGCUAGUUCAAUACGUGGUGGCAGUUCCUACACCAGGAGAAAAUGGGAAGAAGAUGUCAAGAAAAACAGUUUGAAUGAAGGUCCUACAUCAUUAAACACAAGUUAUCAAAGAAGUGGCUCCUUUGGUAGAAGACAAGAUGAUUUGCUAAGUUCUAAUGUUCCAAGUACUGCAUCAACGGUUACCUCUUCUGCUGGUCUUCAGAAAACACUGCCUGCCAGCACAAACACUACUACGAAGAGUACAACGGGUUCUACUUCAGCAGGUGUACAAAGCAGUACCUCAAAUCGUUUGUGGGCUGAGGAUAGUACUGAGAAAGAAAAGGACAGUGUUCCUACAGCAGUGACCGUUCCUGUUGCACCAUCUGUUGUAAAUGCUGCAGCCACUACCACAGCCAUGACUACAGCUACUUCUGGCACUGUGUCCUCAACAUCAGAGGUCAGGGAGAGACGGAGAUCAUACCUCACUCCAGUACGGGAUGAAGAGUCCGAGUCCCAAAGAAAAGCUAGGUCCAGGCAAGCAAGACAGUCUAGAAGAUCUACACAGGGCGUAACACUGACAGAUCUCCAAGAAGCUGAAAAAACUAUAGGAAGAAGUCGUCCCACACGAACCAGAGAACAGGAAAAUGAAGAAAAAGAAAAGGAAGAGAAAGAAAAACAGGACAAAGAAAAACAAGAAGAAAAGAAAGAAUCUGAAACUAAAGACGAUGAUUAUAGACAAAGAUAUUCCCGAACUGUUGAAGAGCCGUAUCAUCGCUAUAGACCAACUUCAACUUCAACUUCUUCAUCAUCCACCUCUUCACUCUCCACAUCCACUAGCUCUCUAUCAAGUUCAAGUCAGCUAAACAGACCAAACAGCCUUAUAGGUAUAACUUCUGCCUAUUCUCGGAGUGGAACAAAGGAAAGUGAGAGAGAAGGGGGCAAAAAAGAAGAGGAAAAGGAAGAAGAUAAGUCACAGCCUAAGUCUAUAAGGGAAAGAAGGAGACCAAGAGAAAAACGACGAUCUACAGGAGUUUCUUUUUGGACUCAGGAUAGUGAUGAAAAUGAACAGGAUCAUCAAUCUGAUUCAGAAGAAGGAACAAAUAAGAAAGAAACUCAGAGUGAGAGCCUUUCAAGAUACGAUACGGGAUCACUCAGCAUGUCUGCAGGUGAUCGUUACGAUUCAGCGCAGGGGCGAUCGGGGUCACAGAGUUAUCUUGAAGAUCGAAAACCAUACUGCAGUAGACUAGAAAAAGAUGAUAGCCCUGAUUUUAAGAAGCUUUAUGAACAGAUUCUAGCUGAAAAUGAAAAACUGAAAGCACAGUUACAUGACACCAACAUGGAACUUACAGAUCUUAAGCUACAGUUGGAGAAGACCACUCAGAGACAAGAAAGAUUUGCUGACAGAUCACUCUUGGAAAUGGAGAAAAGGGAAAGAAGAGCACUAGAAAGAAGGAUAUCUGAAAUGGAAGAGGAACUGAAAAACCUGCAACAAAUAAAGCAGAUUCAAUCUUUGAAACACAUAAAUGAGCGGCUGGUGACUGAGAAUAGGGCCUUGACCCGAGUGCUUGCCAAGUUGUCAGGGUCCUGUAGGCAACUGCGCUCUGUGGACUUGUAAUCUCUUCCUUCUCCUUUGUUUAGCCAGAUGCUACCAGACCUGAAGGCAGACAACCAGAGGCUAAAAGAUGAAAAUGGGGCCUUGAUCAGAGUUAUAAGCAAACUUUCCAAAUAAAGGGUUUACUACAGCAGCAAGUAACGGUAUUGCACAUCACAAGUAACUCCAGUGGACCAUGGUAUGGCAGUCACUGGAAGUGUGGGAAGAUCCUUCGGAGACUGUCAUUUUCAGAUAUCCUGCCAAACACCCUCUUACCUGUGUGUUUUUUGUAUCAAGAUCAUUGUUUCUGUUAUAAUGCAGCUGCUGAGAAGAUAAAAUGACUGAGAAAUCUUGUUUACAGCCACAGCAUAAUAAGGAAAGUAUUCAAGGCCAGAUACGCCUCAGAUAUUUAACCAGUAAGCCUUAGUUGUACAUAAACACUUUUACAUCAACAAAAGCUUUCAGCUCUCACAGACGACAGUUACUCAAUAAUGUUUUUGUUGUGCCACAAUUCCCAUUUUUUUCCUAUACUCAGUUUUUCUUUAAGAUUUAAGUUUGGAUUUUUUUUUCCCUUCUAAUUUUUCAUGUACCAGAUUUUCUUGUACAGUGUUUUCACAGCUUUACCAUUUGCAGAGACCACACACCCUUUUAAAUUACAUAAUUUGUGUAGCUAACUAGAGUUGUAUUGUCCAACCACCUGGAACAGAGAUGUUUGGUGGAACAUUUGCUUUCACUGUUUGUGCAAUAUGCAUUUAUUUCCUAUACAAAAUGCUUUAAAAGUCAGUUGAAACUAGAAAUAUUUUAAGAGUCCUGUUUUCUGCCUUUAUUGGUCACUUUAAAAAAAAAAAAAAGAAAAAAAAAGGAGUUUGUAGUGAAAGACGUUAGAUCCUGUAAUCGUCACAUUCAUUUGAGCAGGUACUGAGUGAUGCUGUAUAUAUAAAUGUGUACUGGUUUGAUUUUUCAGACCACCACGUGGCAUGCUUGAAUAUAUUUCCCUAUUGCAAAUGUCUGUUAAUGCAAAUUAGGCUAUCCAGAAUAGUGUGUUUAACAAAGUUCGUUAAUUUUUAUGGUAUAAAGAAUUUAGACAUUGUACAUUGUAUGGAGCCCUAUCUUUACAAAAGGUCUAAACUAUAUAAAAACUUUAUUAUCUUUUUGUCCCUUUUUUUUCAUUUGAUAGUGUUCACCAUAAUAAAAAAGAGCAUAAAUAUAACUGCUUCACUACAUUUCACAUACCUGUAUUUAUCUGAGUGCUGUCCAAAACUGUUGUGCUAGCCAAAGUAAUGUACUAAAUCAUUUGAAAAGCAUAACCCAUUACACUCACAAUAAUGUUUAUAUGCACUGUUGUUGCCCUGUGAGAAGGCAUCCAAUUUGAUAACACCAUGUCAGACCAUUUUAUACAUUUCAGUGGCCUUUAAAAACAAAAAAAAGUACUUAAGUGAAGAUCGUUUUUGUUAGAAACAGCUUUUAUAUAUUCACUAAACCAUUCAAAAUAUGACAUCCUAUUGGCACAUAGUUUAUUGCCUAAAACCACUGAACAGAUCAGCCAUUAAAACAAAUUGUACAUUGUAAAGCUUGUAGUAGCUAUUGUAUUAUUGAUUAUAUUGUAUACUAUAUUAAAUGUGAAUUUGUACCCCUUCAUUUAAAAAGGUCAUUGUGUUCUACUGCCUACUUGGGGGGUGGGAGGGUUAGCUUUACAGGGGUGGGAUAUGUUUUGGUAAGGAAGACAUGAUGUCCUCUCUCUGUUGAUUGGUUUUUUGAAGAUGUAAGGUUAUGCUCUUACUACCAAGCUCAGGAUUUUUGAUUUUAAAGGUACACGGAUAGUUUGAGAUAUUGUAAUUGAUCUGUAUGAGAGGUGGGUCUGAACCAUAGGGACUUCCAUUGUCUUAUGCUAACAUAAAAUAAAGAAUUGAAUGGCUGCAACAUAUUGAGUUCUGUUACAAGACAGUUAGGCAUAUUCUGGAUUAUAUUUGGUAAAGUUUGGGUGCCUGUGAAUGAUUAAAUACGUGUUUCUAAUAUUUUAGUGUUUUAUAUUUAGGUUAUUUAUUCUUUAUAUCUAAAAAAAUGAAUGGCUACUGUGCUAUAUUGAUUUUAUUGGUAGUACUGAGCAGACCUUGUAUCUGCAUGAAACUAGUUGCAAAACCCACUAUUUUGGAAAAAAAAAUGUAUUUUGACAUAUACAAAUAAAAUGAAUACAAAAUAUUUUAAA